AUGAAGGAGAAAUCGAAAAACGCAGCGCGAACUCGGAGAGAGAAAGAAAACAGCGAGUUUUACGAACUGGCGAAGCUGCUGCCGCUGCCCUCUGCCAUCACCUCCCAACUGGACAAGGCCUCCAUCAUCCGACUGACCACCAGCUACUUGAAGAUGAGGAUAGUGUUCCCCGAAGGUCUGGGGGAGUCAUGGGGCCACGUCAGCCGCUCUUUAGAUGGAGUCAGCCAAGAACUAGGCUCUCAUCUUCUGCAGACUUUAGACGGCUUCAUCUUUGUCGUUGCUCCAGAUGGAAAAAUCAUGUACAUUUCUGAAACUGCGUCCGUGCAUUUAGGCCUCUCGCAGGUAGAGUUAACUGGAAACAGCAUUUAUGAAUACGUCCACCCCGCGGACCACGACGAGAUGACGGCCGUGCUCACCGCUCACCAGCCCUACCACUCGCACUUUGUCCAAGAGUACGAGAUGGAGCGGUCCUUCUUCCUCCGAAUGAAAUGUGUCUUAGCCAAAAGAAACGCAGGGCUCACUUGUGGAGGCUACAAGGUGAUCCACUGCAGUGGGUACCUGAAGGUGCGACAGUACAGCCUGGACAUGUCUCCGUUUGAUGGCUGUUAUCAGAACGUCGGGCUGGUUGCCGUGGGACACUCUCUGCCUCCGAGCGCCGUCACUGAAAUCAAACUGCACAGCAACAUGUUCAUGUUCAGGGCCAGUCUGGAUAUGAAGCUCAUCUUCCUCGACUCCAGGGUGGCUGAGCUGACGGGGUUCGAGCCUCAGGACCUCAUCGAGAAAACUCUGUAUCAUCACGUCCACAGCUGCGACUGCUUCCACCUGCGCUGCGCCCACCACCUCUUGUUGGUGAAGGGCCAAGUCACCACUAAAUACUACCGCUUCCUGUCUAAACACGGCGGCUGGGUUUGGGUGCAGAGUUACGCCACCAUCGUCCACAACAGCCGCUCGUCCAGACCGCACUGCAUCGUCAGCGUCAACUACGUCCUCACGGACACAGAGUAUAAGGGGCUGCAGCUGUCGUUGGACCAGGUCGCCUCUAAGUCCCAGUUCCCGUUUGGCAACAGCUCGGCGGACCGUUCGCUCCGGGGAAGAGUGUCCCGGCCCAAAACGAAAGCAAGACUGUCCCCCUACACCCAGUUUGGAAGUUUCCAGGCCGAGCGCUCGGAGUCGGACCGGGACAGUCCGUGGGGCAGCAGUCCUCUCACAGACUCCGCCUCUCCGCAGCUUCUGGACCACAGUGAAUCCAUGGACUCCUCCUGCGUCUUCAGACAGUUCCCUGACCCCAGGACGCUGUGCUAUGGGCUGACGGAGGAGCAGCCCCCCCUCCCAGAGCCGCACUCACACCUACACUCACAUGCCCAGGGCCACAGCUGUGAUAAGGGGCGCUGUGAGGCAGGCAGGUACUUCCUGGGCCCUCCCCCUGCUGGCAGAGAGUCAUGGUGGGGAGUGGGCCGCUCUGUUCUGCCCUUGGGGAAAGACUCGGCGGAGGGUUAUGACAGCAGCGUGCCACACCUCACCGCGGUCCACAGCUACCACGGCCGCGGCCACUGGGACGAUGACAGCGCGAUGAGCUCUCCAGAGGGUUCCACCAGCGACUCCAGCCCGCCCCAACACCCGCCCCAUCCCAGCCGCAUCCAGAGCCUGAUUCGUGCCACGCAGCAGAUGAUCAAGGAAGAAGAACACCGGCUGAACGCACGCAAACUCACUCAGGACGGCAACGGCCUUCCCAAAGCCCCCUGUUACCCCACCAACUACCCCCCCGCCCCCUUGCCGAUACAGACCGUGGUGUGCCGAGGUCUGAGUCACGCCGUUAGCCCCAGUGCUAGUCCAGCUCCUCUGUCCAGACUCCACAGCCCCGUUUCUAAGGAAAAAGACUACCUUCAAAAUGACUCAGUUUCGCUACCGUUGCACCAUUCAUUCGGCAGGUCAGGCGCCUGUUCCGGAUCGCCCACACCUGCCCCCGCCAUGUACCCAUCCCAAAAACAUGUGUCAUAUUCGAUGAACGGUUACGCACUGGACAGCAUCUUUGACCCGGACUCGUUAAGAAGUUCCACUCAUUUGGAAAUGGGAGCACGGCUGGCAUCAGAGCAAAGUCAAGCUCUCAAAGGGACUUCUGUGAUUAUAGCCAACGGCAGCUAA